CAGCAGUACAGCGGCUCCCCCGGCGGACUCAGCCCAGUUGAGGUGAAGCUUCUCCGGGUUCAGAUCCGUCCGCAGGUCGCUGUGCUCCCGGUCCCCCGGUCCUCCGGUUCUCCGGUUCCCCGGUUCUCCGGUUCUCCGGUUCCCCGGUUCUCCGGUUCCCCGGUUCUCCGGUCCCUCGGUCCCAGGACCCUCGUCCCGGUUCGACCCGUAACGACACUUUCCACUUUCACAGUUCAGGAAGCUAAGUUAGCAUACUAGCAGGCGGCGGAGGGUGUGUGUGUUGUGUGUCGGUGCAGUUGUGUCGCUGAUGGAGGAGAAGUUGUGUGUUUCCACAAGAGGAGAAAAGCAGAACGACCGACAGAAGGAAGAAGAUGUUUGAAAACGUCCUGACAGUGUCCUCUGCCGAGCGGCAGCAGGUCCUCGGAGCUCUGGACCGGCUCCACUCUAAACUGGUCCAGAAGGAGGAGUGGACUCACAGUGACUCUGUGGUGAACCUGAGGGAGACGCUGCAGAGUCCUCUGUUCAACCACAUCCUGACCCUGCAGCACUCCAUCAAGCAGCUGAGACACCAGCUGAGCAGCAUGCCUCCUGACGCCGGCAGCGAGUUCAGCUUCUCUAAGAAGGGUCAGCUGAUCAUGGCCCCGCCCACCCUCGCUGCCUCCGCCUCCUCCAUCCUGACCAAUGGCUCGUCACCGCUCAUCAAUCAGGACCCGCCCACACUGGACGUCCUCCAGAAGUGGAUCCUCAUUGCUGCCCAGGGCCGGCCCACGGAGCUGGUGUGUCUGACCCGCCCCCUCUCUGGGGGUCUGGGCUUCAGCGUGGUGGGUCUGAACCCGGCAGGAAGCAGCAGCCUGGGAGUGUUUGUGAAACACGUUCAGCCCGGAGGCAUCGCUCACAGGGACGGGCGUCUCCAGGAGCGAGACCAGAUCCUGGUGAUCAACGGCCACCCUCUGGAGCCGGGGGUGGACCAGCAGCAGGCCCUGACCCUCCUGCAGCAGCCCGGGGAGACCGUGGAGCUGAUGGUGGCCCGGGACCGCCCCCCCAGCGCGCCCUCGCCCAGCACGCCGGGCAACAAGGAUCAGUGGAGUCACGUGGAGGAGAUCCAGCUGGUGAACGACGGGUCCGGUUUGGGCUUCGGCAUCGUGGGGGGGAAGACGUCGGGGGUGGUGGUCCGGACGCUCAUCCGCGACAGCGUGGCGGACAAGGAUGGACGUCUCCGCACAGGUGACCACAUCCUCCGGAUUGGGGCGACGCCCACCACGGGCCUCACCAGCGACCAGGUGGUCAAGGCUCUGCAGGAAUGUGGAAGUCACGUGACCAUGCUGAUUGCCAGGGAUCCUCGAGGUCAGAGGUCAACAGGUCCUCAGCCCCCACCACCUCCAGACUCCGCCCCCGUCUCCUCCCUCUCCCCCCGACCCCCUGAGCUGCCCCUCCAACGCCCUGACCACGCCCCCCAACGCCGCCUCAGCAAGAUGCCCAACCUGGAGGGAUACGAGAUCCACGAGGUUCCUCUCUCCAAGAAGGAUGGGCAGAGUCUGGGUAUCUCCAUCAUCGGCCACAACCCUCAGACCAGUCAAGACGCCGUCGGAGUGUUUGUGAAACACGUGGUUCCAGGCAGCGCUGCUGACCAGAGCGGGAACAUCCUGGUCUACGACCGACUGAUGGCUAUGGACGGCGUCAGUCUUCACGGGAUGACCAACCACGAGGUGCUGGAGGUGAUGAAGCACACGGGUCAGACGGUGGUUCUCACUGUGGUCAGGAAGAAGCCCAGAGCCCUGGAGAGGUCCCUGGAUAAAGUGGAGAGGGAGUCGUCUCGUGUGUCUCUGCAGAGGUCACUAGAGGUCAAGUCUCGCUCUUCUGGCUCCUCGACAAUGAAGCUGGAGCAGAUGCACCUGAACACAGCAGAGCUCAGCAGAGAAGCAGAACUGAGAGCUAAAUGGGAUCAGGCUCUGGGCCCAAUGUACCAAGUCCUGGUGGUGAAGUUGGAUCCUGUCAUUGAAGAUGAUGCAGAGCUGCAGAAAUCCUCUAAGCUGCUGCCGGUGCACACGCUGCGUCUCGGCGUGGAGCUGGACUCGUUCGACGGGCACCACUACAUCUCCUCCGUGGCCCCUGGAGGCCCCGUGGACACACAUGGAGUGUUGAGACCAGAGGACGAGCUGCUGGAGGUGAACAAUGUGCAGCUGUACGGGAAGACUCGUCGUGAAGUGGUGUCGUUCCUCAAAGAGGUUCCUCCUCCGUUCACUCUGGUCUGCUGCCGACACCCGACCUCCGACCUGGAACCAGAACCAGAACCAGAACCAGAGUCUGGGUCUGAGUCUGGGUCUGAGCCGGGGUCCGGACCCGGGGGAAGAGCGGCAGGACGAUCUCAGCCCAGCGUGGACGAGAUCGAGUUGAAGUUGUCGUCGAUAUUCUGCAGUCAGACGCUCCUGCAGCAGGUAGCUACACAGGAGCAGGUAUCAUCAUCAGAGGAGGAGGAGAUGGAAGAGGAGGAGGAAGAGGAGGAGGAGGAGGAGGAGGAGAGUCAACACAGCCAGGAGGAGGAGGAGGAGGAGGAGGAGGAUGAUGAAGGGGAGCUGGCUCUGUGGUCACCAAACAUCCAGAUGUUGGAGCUGCAGAAGGAGCGAGACAGAGGCCUCGGCUUCAGUAUCCUCGACUACCAGGACCCGUUGGAUGCUGGUCGCUGUGUGAUGGUGAUUCGCUCGCUGGUUCCUGGCGGGUCAGCAGAGCGUCACGGCGGCCUUCUUCCUGGAGACCAGCUGGUUUCAGUUAACCACACCCAGCUGGACCUGCUCACCUUGGCCCAGUCUGUGGAGGUCUUAAAGUCGAUCCCAUCUGGCACGGUCCACCUGGGUGUCCGGAAGCCUCUGGUGGCGGAGGCGACAGAGACGAGCCGACAGGACGACAACACAACGUCUCUCAGCAACACACAUCUGCUGGUUCCUAAGGGUUUCGGUGACGGCUCCAUCCUGCCUGAAGACCUUCGACGGGAAGAAGAGGAAGAGGAGGAGGAGGAGCCAGAGCUUAUCCUGGAUGGAGGUCUUCCUCGCUACGCCACCUCCUCCCUGACCUUUGACCUCCUGCCUGUGGAAGAGGGUAGGGAGAUGGCUGUGGACGAGGAGGAGAUGAAGACGACAGAAGAGAGAGAAGAGGAGAAGAUGGACUCUCUCUCCAGGAAACCUCCCCCGUCAUGGGAGGAGUGGAGGCUCAGCUCCUCCAGCCGAGGUCGACCAGAGGAGAGCUGGAGUCAGAAGCAGGAUGACGAGCAGACGUCAGAGCGAGAGAGCAUCGUGUCUGAAGGAAACCAGAUCCUGGACUUCAGAGACAGUGAAGCAGACUCUGAGCUCACUCUGACAGACACCGACACAGAGAUGAUUGACAUGGGGAGGAGGAAGAGGCGGACCCAGGGAGGAGCCUCUCUACCAAUCAGAGGAGGCCACAGGAAUCUUCCUGAACGAGAGGAGGGGGAGGGGGAGGAAACUCCUGCCUUCAGUCACUGGGGACCCCCCCGCAGGGUGGAGGUGUGGGCGGAGGAGGAGGAGUCUCUGGGCCUGAGCAUCGUGGGAGGUCAUCACGUCAUCAAGCGUCUGAGGAACGGCGAGGAGCUGAAGGGAAUCUUCAUCAAACAGGUUCUACCACAGAGUCCUGCAGCCAGGACGCUGUGGCUGAAGACCGGAGACAAGAUCCUGGAGGUGUCAGGUGUGGACCUGCGAGCUGCCAGUCACGAGGAGGCCGUCAGUGCCAUUAAAUCAGCUCCGAGUCCGAUCGUCUUCAUCGUCCAGAGUCUGUGUGCGACGCCUCGGCCUGUCUCUCUAACAGCUCCCAGCUUCAUUAAACACAAAGCGCAGACGAUGGACUCGCUGAGAACCACGCCCCCUCCGAGACAGCCCCCGCCCUACACUCCUCCCAGCCAAUCAGAGAGCGAGCUGAACUCUGACCUGGAGCAGGCCAAAGAGCGCUGGUGUGAGCGCUACGGAGACCUGCAGGGGGCGCUGCUGUGUGUGGAGGUGGAGAAGGAGCGCCAGGGUCUGGGUCUGAGUCUGGCAGGAAACCGGGACCGCUCCCUCCUCAGCAUCUUCGUGGUCGGGCUCAGUCCUGGGGGGGCGGCGGCUCGGGACGGACGCAUCCGGGUCGGAGACGAACUGUUGGAGAUCAACAACCAGAUUCUUUAUGGGCGGAGUCACCAGAACGCGUCGGCCAUCAUUAAGGGCGCCGGCUCCAAGGUGAAACUCAUCCUGCUCAGAAAUGAAGAUGCUAUAAACCAGAUGGCUGUCCCCCCUUUCCCUCCUCCCCCUCCUCCCUCUGUGCUCAGCCCUGAGGGCGCGUCUCCAGCUGCCCCUGGUGUCCCCGCCCCCUCUGACGGGCCGUGCCCCCCCGACAGCCUGGUGCUCCACCCACCACCCCCCUCCUCAUCCUCCUCUUCAUCGUCUGAGGCCCCGGGGAGCCUGCUCCACACUCACCUGUGCGGUGAAGCUGAGGUGGAACCAGUGACGGACCCGUCGCCACCGGAGCAGACGAGCGAUGAGGCCGAACUCCACCGGACCAGAGGCAGCGUGAGCGCCCCCCGGAGGCUGGGAGGGGCCGACACCCUCAGGAAGGUGCUGCCCUCGUCCAUCUGCUCGAGACUAAAGGAGUCCCCAGUUAACGAGCAGCAGGCUCCCCGGGCGUUGCUGGAGCAGCAGUCCUGCAGGUCGGUCAGCAGCUCCAGUAAACAGACAGCAGCUGCUCCUCUGAUCAGCCCUGACCUGCAGACUGUUAACAGAGACCCGUCGUGCUGUGCCGUGGUUCCUGGUCAGGAAAUGAUGUUGGAAAUCUGUAAAGGUCGAUCGGGACUUGGACUGAGUAUAGUGGGAGGAAGAGACACACAGCUGGAUGCCAUAGUGAUCCAUGAGGUGUAUGAGGAAGGAGCUGCAGCCAGAGACGGUCGCCUGUGGGCAGGAGACCAGAUCCUGGAGGUCAACGGGGUGGACCUCCGGGGAGCGUCCCACGAGGAGGCGAUCGCCGCCCUGCGUCAGACGCCGGCUCAGGUGUGUCUCACGCUGCUGAGGGACCAGGACCAGGACCGGGACCAGGACAAGCUGGACCUGUUCCAGGUGGAGCUGCAGAAGAAGAGUGGGCGGGGACUGGGACUCAGCAUCGUGGGGAAGAGGAGUGGCAGUGGUGUGUUUAUCUCUGAGGUGGUCCGAGGGGGCGUGGCCCAGCUGGACGGUCGUUUAAUGCAGGGAGAUCAGAUCACGUCAGUGAACGGAGACGACACAAGACACGCCUCCCAGGAAACUGUGGCCGCCAUCCUGAAGUGUGCUCGGGGUCCGGUCCUCUUGGAGCUCGGCCGACUCAAAGCUGCUUCGUGGAUCUCAUCCAGACGCAUCUCACAGGGAAGUCAGAUGAGUCAUGUGAGCGGAGGCAGCUCAGGUGUUGUAGCUCCGCCCCUCACACAGCCCCCAGCCUCACCUGACCCCCCCGCCUCCAGCCCUCCAGCCGUGACCUCCUCCGUGACCUCCUCCGUGACCUCCUCCGUGACCUCUGUGACCUCCUCCGUGACCUCCUCCGUGACCUCCUCCGUGACCCUGCUCCUCAACAACAACGUCACGUCCACCUCUGACAUCACUUCCUCCUCGGCCAACAACACAGAUGCAGGCUCUCGCACAGUGACAGUCAAACGGGGCGUCGGUGACUCCCUCGGGGUGAGUGUAGCGGGGGGGAAGGGGAGCCCGCUGGGGGACAUCCCCAUCUUCAUCGCCAUGAUUCAGGCCAAUGGAGUCGCCGCCAAGACGCAUCAACUCAAGGUCGGAGACAGGAUCGUCAGUAUCAACAGUCAGUCUGUGGAAGGUCUGUCACACAGUGAUGUCGUCACCAUGCUGAAGAACUGCUACGGAGACAUCAACAUGCAGGUGGUCGCAGACACCAACAUCAGCGCCAUCACCACUCAGGUGGAGAGUUUGUCCGGUGGCUUUAGUCUGACAGACAACAUCGACACACACACAGCAGAACCAGAGGGUCCGCGGCCCCGCAGCAUCAGUCUGGAGAAAGGCUCUGAGGGACUGGGCUUCAGCAUCGUGGGGGGGUUCGGGAGUCCACACGGAGACCUGCCGGUCUACGUCAAGACCGUCUUCAGCAAGGGAGCGGCGGCGGUGGACGGGCGUCUGAAACGAGGCGACCAGAUCCUGUCGGUGAACGGAGAGAGUCUCCAGGGAGCCACGCACGAGCAGGCCGUCGCCAUCCUGAAGAAACAGAGAGGAAGUGUCUCACUGGACAUCCUGUCAUAACACACGCCACUUCCUGUCGCUGUGAGGACACGCAUCGACAUCCUGCAUCUUCCAGCACUGUCACCGGAUUCAAACCUGAAACUGAUACAACGUCUUUGACAAGCAGACAGACACACACACACACACACACACAC